GAAGGUCACUCGUUUCACCCCGCCGCGGCCACUUACUCACUGAAAUCACACCCCGUCUACCUUAGAUUUGGAGAUCCAAUCUCAGUCCAUCUCAACCUAACAAGCACCAAGACCACCUACACUCCUACAGAGACUCUACUGCUUGUCCCUGAACCCGCAAUCUCGCGCUCUCUUCCGGGUCCCCCCUUCCCUUCCCUUGUCGUCGUCUUAUUAUAAGAUAUCUCCACAUCCUCUUCUUCUCUCUCGACUUCUCUUCCAUCUCUUCUUCUCUUUGUCUUCCUCUUCUUCUUCCCCCACCAACCGUCUCUUUCUCUCCCCAAAUCUUUCAUCAUGUCUCGUCCUCAGAACAUUGGCAUCAAGGCCAUUGAGCUUUAUGUCCCUAGCCAGGUAAGCUGAGAUAUUCCCUCUGCGAUUGUUCGCUAUCAUCACACAAUCUUCAAUGCCCUCAUGCUCUCCUGUUUCUGCUGGGAACUGUUGUCGUUGAAUAUUGCCCCUCACCAAACUUUUUGGAUGGGACAAAAAAAGUCCCUGCGUUAUUACUCUCGUGUUCGGGUUCUGGUCGUGUGCCCCUCCAUUUCAGAUUGUGCCCCUCUAUCCCAACACUUGAACGAACGCCUCUCUGAUGACACCAAGCUAACCACAAUUUUAUUUGCUCUUUAGUAUGUUGAUCAGGUUGAGCUCGAGAAGUUCGAUGGCGUUAGUGCCGGAAAGUACACUAUUGGUCUUGGCCAGACCAAGAUGAGCUUCUGCGACGACCGUGAGGACAUCUACUCUUUCGCCCUUACUGCUACCUCCAAGCUCCUUAAGAACUACAACAUCGACCCCAACUCGAUUGGUUACCUCGAGGUCGGUACCGAGACUCUUCUCGACAAGUCCAAGUCCGUCAAGAGUGUUCUUAUGCAGCUUUUUGGCGACAACACCAACAUCGAGGGUGUCGACACUAUCAAUGCUUGCUACGGUGGUACCAACGCUGUUUUCAACGCCAUCAACUGGGUUGAGUCUUCCGCUUGGGACGGUCGCGAUGCUAUCGUUGUUGCCGGUGAUAUUGCUCUCUACGCCAAGGGCAACGCUCGCCCCACUGGUGGUGCUGGUGCCGUCGCUCUCCUGAUCGGCCCCAACGCCCCCAUUGUUGCCGAGCCCGGUCUGCGUGGUACCUACAUGCAGCACGCCUACGAUUUCUACAAGCCCGACCUUACCAGCGAGUACCCCUAUGUUGAUGGCCACUACUCCGUCAACUGCUACACCAAGGCCCUCGAUGCCGCUUACCGCGCUUACUGCAAGCGUGAGGCCAAGCAGGCUACUAACGGCACCAACGGUGCUUCCAACGGUGACGACUCUACCAAGACCAGCCUCGACCGCUUCGACUACCUUGCUUUCCACUCCCCUACCUGCAAGCUUGUCCAGAAGUCUUACGCUCGUCUCCUCUACCACGACUACCUCGCCAAUGCCGACUCUCCUGCUUUCGCCGAGGUCGCUCCUGAGCUCCGUGACAUGGACUACGAGAAGUCCUUGACCGACAAGGUUGUUGAGAAGACCUUCAUGGCCCUCACCAAGAAGCGUUUCCAGGAGCGUGUCAACCCCUCUAUCCAGGUCGCCACCAACUGCGGUAACAUGUACUGUGGCAGUGUCUGGGGUGGUCUUGCCAGUUUGAUCAGCGUUGUCGACAACAAGGCUCUUGAGGGCAAGCGAAUUGGUCUCUUCAGCUACGGAUCUGGUCUUGCUGCCAGUUUCCUGUCUUUCCGCAUCAACGGCAGCGUUGAGAAGAUCUCCAGCGUCCUCAGCAUCCCUACCCGUCUUGAGGCCCGCCGCGCUGUCCCCCCUGAGACUUACGAUGAGAUGUGCAACCUCCGAAAGCAGGCCCAUCUCCAGAAGGACUACACUCCCAAGGGUGACGCCUCUACCAUCGCCCCUGGUACUUACUACCUUACCAAGGUCGACGACAUGUUCAAGCGCGAGUACGCUAUCAAGGAGUAAAAGAUCAUCCUUUGAAGAUCUAAAGAAUCCUUGCUCGAACAACUUUUUAUACGAGACAUUUUUCGCUUCUAGACUUGGUUCCAUUACAGCUAUGGACCGGGCAGUAAGCAUAUCAUGAACAUGAUGACUUCAAUGGGAGCAAACUUAGACGCACAGGGAAGAAGAAUACAGCGGAUGAUGAUAGAAGCGCAAUUCGCGCAGUGGAGAUUGACAUCAAGGUCCUCUAAUUGAGCUAAUAAUGAUGGGCAUUAUGGCUUGUGGAAGUACUGGGCUCCGUCUCUCCUGGGAGAUUUACGAGGAAGUUUGUCAAGGCCCGUACCAUAUAGACCUGGUCAUUUGGCGCUUAGAAGAGUUUACGAUACUUGGAAUAUAAAAAAAAGUAUUUCAAUCGAUUAGGUUUUCUCUAGCUUGUGUCUAUUCUUCUAUCAGCCACUGUGUGGUUGUCAGUAUAUGUGACAUCUAAGAACAUGGCCUUCCAAGCCAUGUUCAGAUACUUUUACAACUAUCUUCUAUUCGUACAUAACAUAAAUAGGGGUAUUCGUCUAUUUCUCCUCCUUGAACUUCCACUCUCCGUGUCGGUGGAGCAUGUAGUCCUUGCUCUGAAUGCCCUUCCAGAUACCAUACAGGCCGCCCAGCGGGGGCUUGCUCUUGAGAGAUCGCUUCCACUUCUGUCGUUCUUCCUUUCGCGCUUCAACAUCAACCUUGACCUUGUCAUGAACAGUAGGAAGUGUCUCGGCGUGAUAUUUCUUUCGCAGAGCUUCAUACCAUUGUUGAUCGUAGAGCUUCCAGAACUCCUCUUCGUUGUAAUAAGUAUGAGCAUAGAGCCACUUGAGACCUCCAAGCUCAACAAGCUUAUCUUCAAGCGCGCGGUUCUUGGCGACAAAUUCAUCUGGGUCAGAAGGUCCCCAGCCCCAGAGACCAAUGUUCAGCGAUGGUGGAGUGGUCACAGUUCCGUCAGCGGUAGUUGUGGUCUCGCCAGUGUGAGGAUGAAAAGUCGGAGGAGGUGUCUGCUUUAACGGGCAGAGCCAGAGGGGCCAGAUGUUGAAGUUCUCAGCAGUGUAGUCGACAAAGGUCUCAGCAGUCUUGUAAGGCAGGCCCAGAUCCUGGACGAUGAAACGAGCAGACUCGCCGCUACCGUGAAGAGCGCGGUACAGCAUGCGAGUAUGGAGGAAAUCAUCGAGGAACCAGCGGAAGAAUUUUGUGAAAGGAACACCCUUGAAGUAAGUGAAAGCAGCGGCGCCAACCCAGAAACCACCGCGGUCAUAGCGGAAGAAGUACUCAGCGAGAGGGAUGUAAUCAACAGGAGAGGAAGAGGCAGAUUCGGCGGAGACAGUAGGGCCAGCGGAGGGAACGUUGCGAGUGCGGUCUUGGACAUGGAGGUAAUACCAGGGAUCCCAUGCACCACUGAAGGUCUGGGGCUUGAUAUCGGCAGGCUUGUCAUCAGUCAGGGUACCAGUAACAACAACGCCGUGGUCCUUGGAGAAGAGGAUGCCAUCGACAUAGUCAUUGGAAGGGUUCUCGGUCUCGGCGCGGAUACGAGCAACAGCUUCAGCAACACUGCUCGUACGAUGAUAGGUCGUCUUGACAAACUUCUUAGCUUCUUGAAGUUGAAGCUCAAGAAGCGUUGUCAUGCCCAAAGAGCCAACAGCUCCAGCAGCACCACGGAACAAGUCAGCGUUCUCCUCUCGCGAUGCUCGGACAACCUCUCCAUUUCCAAGAAUCAUCUCAGCCCAAUUGACAGUAUCAUUGAAGAAUCCGUGCUUAAACGAGGAACUCUCGCCAGCUGUGCCUGCAAACCCUCCUCCAGCCGUGAUACCAGGAAACUCCAUAACAACAGGCGGUACAAGGCCAUGCUUCAGCGUCGACUCAACAAGUUUAUCCAUUGGAACAUUGGGCUCGACGAGAGCAGUGCGAGUCGCACGAUCGACCUGGAGGACAUUUCGAAGGGCACUGAUAUCGACGACGGGUUUGCCUGUCUGCUGAGGCCGUGUGCUAUUCGUGCUGCCGUGGAAGAUGCGAUAUGGCUCACGACGCUCGAAGAAGCCGCGGACGGCUGAUGCGAUGGUUGUCACAGCCUGCUUGUGGCGCUCCAUUGCUGGGGAAGGGGACCCGGGUUCUGAGUCUGGAGGUGGCUUGUUUUGCUCUUGAGGUGAAGCGAUCAGCGACAUUUGAGAUAAAAGUUUGGUGGGUCUUCCCGUGCGGGCCGGUCUCGGGGAUCGGAAGCGGUGGAGGCGGAGCCGGAAUUGAUAAUGGGAUUGUUUUUAAAAAGAAGCAAUUGAUGAUUACAUGGAAGAAUUAUUGUUUUGGUUUAUAGGGCUCGUGGUACGUAACGUGGGUGAUGAUCCUAUAAGUCUUGGCUUAUAG